AUGAAGGCCACACAAGUGCUCCGCCUCGCGGUUGCUGCCCCAGAGUUGAAUCCCCAGACCCACAAGGCACGGUCGAUCCCGAUCCUCAACCCUUUUGACCUUCAUGGAAGGGUCUUCUUUUUCUCCUGGCUUGGUUUCCUAGUUGCAUUCCUUUCCUGGUAUGCAUUUCCGCCUCUGUUGAGCGUCACUAUCAAGAAGGACCUGCAUAUGACACAGGACGAUGUUGCCAACUCUAACAUCGUUGCCCUUUUGGGAACUUUUAUGAUGCGGUUCAUUGCAGGCCCGCUCUGUGAUCGAUUCGGCCCUCGGCUGGUUUUUGUAGGACUUCUGAUCUGCGGUGCCAUCCCGACGGCCAUGGCGGGUCUUGUUACCUCUCCUCAAGGGCUGAUUGCCUUGCGAUUCUUCGUUGGCAUCCUCGGUGCAACCUUCGUCCCUUGCCAGGUGUGGUGCACAGGCUUCUUCGAUAAGAAUGUUGUCGGCACUGCCAACGCUCUGGCGGGAGGGUUUGGAAACGGGGGCGGCGGUAUUACCUACUUCGUCAUGCCAGCAAUCUACGACUCGUUCGUGCACGACCGCGGCCUAACCCCCCACAAAGCCUGGCGAGUCUCCUACAUCGUGCCCUUCAUCAUCAUCGUGUCCAUCGCCCUAGCAAUGCUCUUCACCUGCCCCGACACUCCCACCGGCAAGUGGGCCGAUCGCCACAGGGUCGGCGAACAGCGCGUCGUCGACCUAAGCUCCGCCCCCAUCGAGUCCAGCGCAAACAGCAUCAACCUCUCCACGGAUGAGAAGAAGAGCGCCCGCCCGGAGAUCACCGACCCCGAAGCACAAGCCCCCGUCACUGCUGGACAGAUCGAGAGCACAGACGCCAUCGUCGAAGCCCCAACCCUGAAACGCUACCUCUCCAUCGCACUCGACCCAUCCGCACUCGCAGUGGCAUUCCCCUACGCGUGCUCGUUCGGCGCCGAACUCGCCAUCAAUUCCAUCCUAGGCGCGUACUACCUCCUCAACUUCCCCGAGCUCGGACAGACCCGAUCCGGCCGAUGGGCGUCCAUGUUCGGCCUCGUCAAUGUCAUCUUCCGGCCCAUGGGCGGGUUCUUCGCAGACCUAAUCUACGCGCGGACCAACUCCGUCUGGGCGAAGAAGAUAUGGCUCGUGGGCUUAGGGCUGCUGAUGUCCGGUGCGGCAAUCCUAAUUGGAUUCCUAGACCCGCACCGCGAAGGCGUCAUGUUUGGCCUGGUCAUGCUGCUCGCGUUCAGUAUUGCCGCGAGCAAUGGGGCGAACUUUGCGAUUGUCCCGCAUGUGCAUCCGUCUGCUAAUGGAAUCGUCUCCGGGAUCGUUGGCGGGAUGGGCAACUUUGGCGGCAUCAUCUUCGCGAUCGUCUUUCGGUACAACGGGACGCAGUACCACCGCGCCCUGUGGAUUAUUGGAUUCAUUACCCUUGGUAGCACAGUGCUCUUUAGCUGGGUGCGACCGGUUCCUAGGCAGAACUUGAAGCACUAA